CGUCCGACUGAUAUUCGUCCUAUGAUACAACAGACUACUGAACACAUUAAGUGCUGUGUCAAUGUUGCCUAUCAACCUCGACUGCACCGCUGGUCAAAUGGCCAAAGCUCCUCAUCUAGCCAGACAAUUGUUAUGAUUGACGUGACAUCUUAAAAUAAACACCACAAGUCUUUAGCAUGCAUCGUGGUCAGGGUUUAAUUAGACUAAUCAGUAGCUGUUGACGUAUUUCAUCAUAUCAGACGGAUUGAUUCAAAGGGAACAAAUGACACAUCUCAAUGGGAAGCCAUGGGAUGUCAUUGACUCAGCAAGUAAGAAUUAUUUUCCCAGUUGCCAUGGUAACGUCAAGGGCAAGUUAUCGUGAUUUUGGAUUCCACGGGGGCCAGUCUCGUGGAAAUCUCGGUGGUGUUGACAUGAAAUUGUCGCGUAAGAAUCCGUCUCGGCCGGCGUUUCCAGAACUAUCUUCAUCUUCAUCGCACUCUGGAGUUUCUUGUGAAUCUGGUUGUGUUGUUAACAGUGCUAGUGACUCAUGUAGGACUAAGCAUAACUUGUCAUGACGACGAUUCAUUGUCAUUAGAGUCUGCCAUCCCUCGUGUGACUCGCACACCAACCCGAUGGUCAGCAAGACCCGCCGUGUCGCCUUCACUAUCCUCAUCAUCUGUUGCAUGUUCAACAUCAUCUGUUACGUCAUCUAUGUCAACUACCCCGUCGUCGUCAUGACAACCAUACGGCAUCUUCCGGUUGUUAGCAUGGUCAAUGUGACGCAGAGAAGCUUCAAUCGACCGAUGGUAAAUGACAUCAUGGAUUAUAACUUUGCAUUAGAAAAACAAACGAAUUUGCCAAAUAUUUAUUUUGGAGAUUUAGACGAUUCUGAGGUUGAUGUGGAUGAGGAGGAUGAGAUAAUAAUGCAAGAGGGUUCUGACGAUGAUGAUUUUCUGAUGAACCAGCAAGAUUUAUGUCACAAGGAGGGUGGGUAUGUGCGUCUAAUCAUUGUGGUGACAUGUAGUGUUGAUGUUUUCAACAAACGAACAGCGAUACGUGAGACCUGGGGUUCGUACACGAAAAAGAUUGACAUGGGUGUCAGGGUGGCAUUUCUAACUGGACGGACUUUGAAUAAGACUUUCCAACGCCAGUUAGAAGAGGAGAAUGACAUUUAUCACGAUAUCAUUCAGGGCAAUUUUUUAGAUACGUAUCGCAAUUUAACGCUGAAAUCGAUCUUGUUGCAGAAGUGGAUUGCAACGUAUUGCUCAAGUGCGCAGUAUGGAUUGAAAGCUGAUGAUGACAUGUUUGUCCACGUACCUAACUUACUAGCGGGGUUACGCCGAGUACAAUAUCCACGCUUCUUUUUCUGUUCAUUACAAGUCGGCGCUUCACCGAUACGAAAUAAAAAAUCCAAAUGGUUUGUGCCAAAGGGGGAAUUCCCGCAGGCAAGAUAUCCAAACUAUUGCUCUGGGUCCGCUUAUUCUUUCUCCAUCAACAUCGCUGCCGAUCUGUUCUCAAAAUCAAAGGAGACGCCCAUAUUUUGGUUGGAGGAUAUUUACAUCACUGGCAUCUUGGCCAGAAAAGUGGGCAUGCGUCACAUUCAUCACAAGGGCUUCCAGUUUUGGAAAACGACAAUCGGCAAGCCGUGUUCGUUUAAGAGAUUGAUCACGAGUCAUAGAGUUUCACCGUCAGAGCUGCGGUCUAUUUGGAAGGCGCUGCAUCAACGCGAUCUUAAGUGCUGAUGGUGCGUAGAAGACACGACAGCCUGAUGAGUGGUUCCUGAUGUGCUCACUUGAUGUCGCUAGGUUGUAUCAUGAAGCAGGCAUGACACCUGUCCCAUUGUAGCACUACCAAUCAUGUCAUUUGAUGUUGUGUGAUAAUUGGCCAAGUUACCAACUUGGUGUGUCAUCUCAACUAUUAUUGAUAAACACAAGUCAGAUACUUAGCCUUAAACCAUUUGUAAUCAUAAGUUCAAUUUAAACCACCGGGUGAUUGCUUUACUUGAUAACCAUUUUAUAAUUGUGUAUACUAUCAUUUAGAUCCAAGUUUAGGUGCAGCAUAAUCCAUUGGUUCCUGAUGUUAUUGAGAUAUUUAUGUAUUUUUUGUUAUUAUUUAUUGAUGGUAGCAUCUAUAUGAUCCCCUGGUGGACCAAACUAAUGUUCAUUUAGUGUGUGGGGCAUCAUAGGCAAACGUGAAACAAGGGGAAACAGCACAAAGGAACAGUGAGGGGAGACUGCCUGAGGGGUUAACAUGUUCUGUGAUGCAUUCAUUUUGCCUUCCUUUGAAGGAAAACCUGUCAAUGUCAAUAUCAAUGUUUUCCUUGCUUCUAUGGCCAAUGCAAAGCUUGGUGUCGGUGUUGAUACCAUGGAAAUAAGCUCUAUCCUUGCUGGUCUUAUAACAUGUAUCCAGACAAGAUAAUAGUUUCCAUGGAAAAUGUAAUCAUGAUACAAUAAUCAUUUGGUUGUGUUGAAAACAUUAUUCUCCAGAGAAUUGAUGCUGAGUGAUCAAUCUUCUUUUCCCAUUUAAUUCCAUUACCAAACUUCAGUUGUUGAUAAGUGCGCACAAAUGAUAAUUGCAGUGAGUAGGUUUCACAAGGUUUGAGGGUGAUUGGUUUGGUGUUGAUGUCAGAGCUUCAUAGGAGUAAUACAUUGCCCUUACUGAGUCUCAAUCGGUAUAAACGCAUCAAGUCAUACGCUAGUUUCUGAAUGGAAACUGCAGGCCCUAUUGUCCACAUGUUCAUCUGGGCGAGUCAAGCUAACUGAUCUGUGCUGAACUUAUAAACAGGAAAUUAGAAGGUUCAUUUUCACCGCCCCAGAAAAUGUAAAAAGUAGGCUGAAACGUUGGUUGUGUGAAAUCCCCUUCAAGGUUACCACGACGUGUCGUGUUUUAUAAGGUGAAUAAUGAACAUCUGGCUGAGGGUGUUUACAUCAACAGCAUUGAUCAUCAGAGGCGAUCACAUAUUGCUUGGAACAAGGUACUCUGAAUGUGCAUUUGGUAUUUUAAGACUAGUCUGGUUCAGCGGCUAUUGUGCAAUCAACAAAUAUUAGUAAUAUUAGGAACAUAUUCUGCAAUUUACACAAACAAUUUACUGAUUUUAGGUAAAACUUUUUGCCAAUAUUUUGUGCAAAUUGCUGCAUAUUUCCUUGUGUUCAGUUAUUACUAUGGUGCUUGUUUACAUUUUGUAGAAAUAUACCAUAAGGGAAUGGACAUUAAGGUAUCUAGAUUAUGUAAUUUGUACAUAAACUGCAUGACUGCUACCUUUAAGAUGGCAAUGCACUGCCAUGCCAAUCCAC